AUUUUGCAAAGGGAGACUCGAAAGUAAAAAUUGUUCGUCUGAAACUGUUGUAAACAGCAUUUCGCAUUCAGUCUUUACUAAAUUGGCUGCAUUCCUUCAGCUGUAAGAGUUUAAAGGUAAGACCAACAGCUAAAACCUGAAUGUCACUAGUGCUAUCACAACUUCUUCCAAAAUGUCGCGCCACCGUUGUCAGUUUACACAACAGUUCCAUGUUCGACAUUCACCAGCAUCACAACAGUAAUGACCUUCAGCUACACAGUCGUCGUACUUUCCACAAUGGACUUACGAGAAACCAGCGGGCUAUCACAGACCCGGAAAACAAAGGUCACCAUAGCCGAGGCGUGAACUUUGACACCAUCGGGUCAUGGAACAACAGGCUGGACAUGAAGAUACUGUACGACCAGAGCGUCAAGCAGGGGAUUCCCAUUCCCAGAAUUCCUAUAGAGGAGAUCGGCACGGCCUCGGUGAUUGGUCGACGGAAGGUCAACGAGGACCGGUCAGUGAUGAAAGAACUAGGUCCAACUUUGCUGUACUUUGCAAUGUUUGACGGUCAUGGCGGGGCGUUUGCAGCUGAUUUUGUUAGUGAGUACCUCCACGAGUAUAUCGCCAACUGGCUGUGGAAGACUACUAACCUCACUGAUGUAUUGAAGUUCUCCUUCCAAGACAUCAACAAUGUGAUGACAAGACACCUGGCACAUUAUCAUCUCAAUUCUGAUAUGUUCAACACGGGCACCACGGCCACAGUGUGCCUGCUGCGUGACAGCACCGACCUCGUUGUUGGACAUGUCGGGGACAGUCGCGCAAUUCUCUGCCGAUCGGGUCACCCAAUCCGCCUGUCGUUUGAUGAUCACCCUGACAACCAAGAGGAGAGUGCCAGGAUCAAGGAAAAUGGUGGCAAGCUCGUCACGAACAGCCUGGGUGAGCCGAAGGUUAAUGGUCGUCUGGCGAUGACGCGAAGUAUCGGAGACUGCGAGAUGAAGCAGUUCGGGGUGACUGCCAAACCUCACAUCAAGUCUAUCCAGGUGAAACAUGGCAAAGAUGCAUUUCUUGUUCUCACGACAGACGGACUAAAUUUCGUGUUGAGUGACCAAGAAGUAGUUGACAUUAUUGGCAGCUGUGAAAACCCGACAGAGGCUGCUAAUUUGUUAACCGAUCAGGCAUUGCACUUUGGGUCCGAGGACAAUACAACAGCCAUGAUUAUUCCGUUUGGAGCGUGGGGGAAAUAUCGAAACACUACCAACACCAUACAGUACAGCUUUGGUAGGAAUCUGAGCGGCAAUCGCUUUACACAUGGAUAGGAAAAGAUGGUGAUGAAGUAUUUUUAUUUUUAAAAAUGAUAAAAGAUUGUAAAACAAUUUUUUUUUUUUAAAUGGCAGUGACACUUUACAGUACUGUUUUGUUCGGAAUCUUAAUCUGUUGACACACCAAAAACCCAACGUGCUUCGACGCUAAUCGAUGCACAUUCAGUACAGUUACUCCCUGUGGUUGCUUCUCUGACUUCAUCAUGAAGUAUUUUGUCGCAAUUCCAAUCUCUUCCAUAUCUGUUUGUGCACUUAGCUCAAUCGGUUGAGUGCUUGCCUGAGUUGCUGGCAUCACAGGAUCGAACCACCUUGGUGGAUCUGUUCAACUGAUUGGGGUUUUUUUUCUCAUUCCUAUCAGUGCACCACAACUGGUCGAAGGUGGGGUAUGUGCUAUCCUGCCUAUGGGAAACCAAAUUUGGUGUGUCAACAGCUUUAUAUUUGACAAAUGGUUUACAGUGUUUUAUAGUGAAAGAUUUAGACAUGAUUAGUAAAACAAAUGGUGAUAAAUUGUAUUUUUUUUAAAUAGUAAAAUAUUGUAACGAUUUUAUUUCAUACAGUGCAGUUUGGGUUGAAAUCUUAGUGGUUGUUAAUUUACACCUGAAUGGUAAAAGAUGGUGAAAAAAUUGUAUUUUUGCAAAAUAUGGAAUGUUUGUGACAAUCGUUUUACACAUGGAUAGGAAAAGACGUAUGGAAAUGUUUUUAUUUAAAAAAAAUGUCAACAUUUAUUUUCUAGUGUGUAAGGUACAAGAGGGUUGUACCCAAACAGGGCUAGUCAAGUUUGCAGUUGUAAAAUUUUAAAACAAAUGGCAAAUUUUAUUUUAAUUUGGUGAAAAAAUUUCAUGUAUUACUUGGUAUUUUAAUUUUUAUUAGAAAAUAUCUGGAUGUUUUUGCAGCUUUUGAAGUUUAAAUAAAUGAUUUGGCAAAAUGCUCUGCUAGCCCUGACAAGCCUCAUUUCUCAGUAGCCAAGUUAGACAAUUGUUGUUCUAAAGUUUAAUACAGACUGGCGAAAAAUCAGUGAUGGAUGCCACACUCUUUUGGACUCUUUACCACAUUUAAAAAAAUAUUUAAAUUCCAUAUCGGCAAAGGUGAAAAAUGGGAUAUUAAAGUUUUAUUAUUGCUUUUAACUUUGUAUUUAAGUUAUUCAUGUAAUGUUGUUUCACAAACUACAGUGAAACCUCUGUAAACUGGACACCCAAGAGACCAAGUGAAAUGUCUGGAUUGAAGGUAAUCCUACUAGAGAGGUUCUUUCAUGUACUCGAUAACUAAUAUUUAAAAAGAGACAUCUGGUUUAAAAAAUUUGCUGAAAUUUGUGCCGGAUAUUCGGUCUGGCAAGCUACAAAUUUUGCCUGACGGCUAGAGAAAAAACCCGAAGUCAAAUGUUGCAACUAAGUCGAUUUUCUAAAUAUGAAUAUCCUGCUCCCACCCCAACCCGCUAAUGUUAGUGUUAGUGUUUUUAGGCUCUGUCUCCCCCUUUAGAUGAAAUAUCUGAUUAUUACUAUUAUUUAGUACAAUUGUAUUAACUUGAAGUGAAGUAGGGCUAUUGAAUUUUUAAUCGUGGCUAGUAAAUUUAUAAAAAUUGUAGAAGCCUUGAUGAACAGCUUAAAAAUUCUGAUAUAUGUUUCGACCAAAGUGGACAAAUGUUCGAGAAAGUCAGUACUUAGUCAACACAGAAGCUUUAGCUAGUCCUCUGUGUAUUAUAUUAAUACAGCUUGGAUUUGUUAAAACCUGGGUUUCCACAGUUCUUGAAUAUUUUUAUCCGAGAAAAUUAACUAACAAGCAAGGGGACACAACUCUUUUUUUUUGACAAGUUGUUUUCCUCUUGAGAGUUUUUGCUUUUUUUUUGUUUUUGCUCAAGAUUAGAUUUUUAAAAUUAUUUAUUUUUUAAUAUAUAUUUUUUAAAUACAUAUUUGUACAUUUUAAGGGCUUGCUUGUAUUUGUCGAUAAUAUUGUGUUUUUACUGUGAUUCGAGGCAUUUUGUUUGGAAUGUUUUUGCAUUGUUGUACAGUGUACGAAUAUGACAGGGGAACAUUUUGUUUUCAAAAUUUUCAUUAGCAACAUUUUUAGUCAAUUGAAAAUUGAUUAGCAAGUACUGUUUAAUGUUUUAAAAUUGUGUUCAGUUUCUGAAACUUGUGUACUCAAUAGUAAUGUAAUACUGAACAAAAUGUUCCUUUUGUGGUGUCUGUUUAAUCAAAGCAUUUUGCUUUAGUAGAAAAUGUUAUAUAAUGGGAAGGCAAAAUUAGUUUUAGCAGUAAAGCAACUAUCAAUACACGCACGCACACUUUGAAAAUGCAAUUUGGUGUUAAUGUGAUAAUAAAAAAAAAAAUCUAAUGUAUAUCUAUGAAUGUAUUACUAUAACAUGCUAAGGUGACUGGAAGUGUACAUGACCAUCAUCGACCAGGCCAACGUCCGGUUACAACUCCGAGACAAAACAGACAGAUAAGGAGAAACCAUCAAUUGUAAGGUCUGCGUCAUCUCAUUCUAAUUUCUAUGAGUCAUUGAAUUCCUGUAAUUUGAUUAAUUUGCUCCCAUGACAUCCUAUCGUGUUUCUGGCUAUUGUUGUAACUGACAAGAAGCAGAUACGUUGAUGGUUUCUCCUUAUCUGUCUGUCUUAUCUCAGAGUUGUAACCGGAAGUUAGCCUGGUCGAGGACGGUCACGAACACUUCCAGUCAGGUUAUAUCGCUCAUUCAACCUUGAAAUCAUUGAAAGGUGCAUUUGAAAAUUCCUUGCUACCCUUUGUUGCGAAAUUCAACCAAUCAGCAUUCCUAAUGAACUCUCUCUCUGAUCAUUGCUGAGUCGUGGCAUUGUUUCACACUGACUUAUCCAACAAUCAAUCUGUGCCUUUUAUGCGUCCAAUGUAUGCAGUUUGAACAUGUAAAGUAUUGUGAACAUACUGCACACAUUUUCGGUUUUAUACCAAAUUUUUAGUUUUCUUCACAUUUUGUGUUAAUUGCAUAAAAAAUCCUCGUAAAUCAGAAACCUACAUUGACAUACGGGAAUACACCUUAGCAUGUUAUAGUCAGGGCUUGCGCUGUCGGUAGCCAAAUUAGCCAUUGGCUUAUUUAAAAAAAAAAAUGGCUAAUAAAAUUUGCAAGUGGCUAAAAUUUUGGCUACGCCAUUUUCUGUCUUCUGAUGUGAACAAAUGGAUACA